CUACGGUAUGUUUAAAAAUCUAGGAAAUAAGCAAAUCGAAAUUUAAAAAUUAUGCCACGUGCCCUUUUUAUUGCAGAUAGUUUGCAGAUAAACUUGAAACGUAACUGUCAUUUAAAUAUGAGAAUCCUUAAGAGUUCCAAAUACAAAACACUAUCUAGUAGAAAGAGCAGUUCACGUAAAGCUGCGAUCUUACCCACUGUGCUAGUACAUGGUGGUGCCGGGCAUAUACGCGAUGACUGGGUGAAAUGCGUCAAAUUUGGCGUUAAAGGAGCAGCGCAGAGAGGCUACAAGGUGCUGCAGAAGACAGGCAGCGUGCUGGAUGCUGUAGAGCAGGCAGUUAGGGUUUUAGAAAUGGAUAUUCACUUUAAUGCAGGCUAUGGGUCAGUGCUGACAGUGGACGGCGAUGUUGAAAUGGAUGCGGCGAUUAUGGCUGGUGCUAAUCUGGAAGGCGGCUGCGUUACCAUGGCACGAGAUAUAACGCAUCCCAUAAGCUUGGCCAGACGCGUCAUGGAAAAGACCAAUUAUCGAUUUUUAGCAGGCGACGGCGCCAUGAGCUUGGCCAGAAAUGAAGGAUUCGAGAUACUACCCAAGGGUGCAUUGGUAACAAAGGCAUCUCAGAAACUCCUACAAAUAUUUAAGACCACAAAUACUGACACGCUUUACAAUGUUACGCCAGGCACCGUUGGCGCUGUGGCAAUUGAUGCGUGCGGCAAUGUGGCAGCGGCAACAUCAACAGGUGGCCUAACAGGUAAGUUAUCGGGUCGUAUUGGUGAUUCGCCACUACUAGGAGCUGGUACCUAUGCUGACAAUAAGUCAGGUGCCGUGUCGGCCACUGGACAUGGUGAAUCGAUCAUGCGCUACAAUUUAAGUUCGCGCGUUUUGGCGCUGGUGCAGCACAAAGAUUAUGCGAUACAGCAGGCUGCGGAACAGAUACUAAAACAGAUGACAAAGCGCUUUAAUCAGACGGGUGGUCUAAUAGCCAUCGAUCAUCGAGGUCAGCUGGGCAUCUGUUUUACAACGGAGUGUAUGUCCUGGGCCUAUCAGCAGGCUAACGAGCUGCACUGCGGCGUGACAGUUGGCGAGGAUGAAGUGGAGAUUGUAAACGAAACUUCAGAAUAGAGCUUAACACAAACAACAAAAAUAGAACAAAACAUAAUUAUAAUAUCUAUAAU